AUGGAAAAACAAUCUCCAUCUAAGCCGCGGAGGGCCGCAAAGGCCUGCUCAUUUUGUCGACGGAGGAAGUUCCGCUGUGACAGCGAAAGACCGUGUUCCAACUGCAAGACAUAUGCACAACAAUGUGCAUAUGUACCUGGACCUGAGCGACCAAGACCAACAAACGCUCGGCUAUCACGACUAGAAGCGGAAAAUGAACAACUUCGACAACACCUAGGACGUGGCCAUGCACGUUCUGAGGAUCAAAGAGAUGCCACAGAAAGUCCAUCCCAGCAGCCAAAACAAACGCGACCUCCGGAUAUUCCGAAUUCACAAAAUGCCGACCGGUCUCAAUCGGCUGUAUCGAGGAUAUUCAUCUCGCCUAAUGGCGACUCAAGUUACCACGGACUUACGAGCACUUUGUUCGACGAUGCGCCGACAGAUCGACUUGGUCAUCCUCGGUCGGCGGAUCCGCAGAUGCCGAUGGAGCAUAUUCGCAAGCAGUUGAUGGGAGAGUCUGCCUAUCAAAGACAACUAGAAGGAUUGAAUUUGCGACAAGGUAAGCUAGACUUUGAUGGAGUCGAUCCGGAACUCGGAAUGCACCUCCUAUCUUUGCAUUGGAAUCGCCAGCAUCAUUCUUUCCUGAUCACUUAUCGCCCGGCUUUUAUGCGAGAUAUGGCCACCGGUGGUCCGUACUUCUCCAAGCUCCUGUUGAACGCGAUUUACUUCGGCGCAUCGAAAUUCAGCAAUCGCCCCGAGGUUCGCCGAGACCCCGAUGAUGUCCGCACUGCUGGAUGGACAUUCCGACAGAGAGUCAAAGAAUUGCUGGGCAGCGCUUUGGAUCGAAGUGAAAUCACCACUAUCCAGGCAUUGCUAGUGAUGACUAGCUCCCUGUUUGCGUUAGGCGAUGAACGCAGUGCUGCGUGGCUUUAUGCGGGUACGGCAUUUAGGAUGAUCAUCGACCUUGGUAUGCACGUGGAUGCUACUAUACUCAGCAACAUGCGACGUCUCUCGGACGAGGAUAUAGAAAUACGCCGUCGAGUCUUUUGGGGUGCUUUUGUUGUCGACAAAAUCCAGUCACUUUAUCAAGGCCGUCCAGCAAGUCUACAGGACUUUGACACAAAGGUCUCGUUGACAUUUUUGGACCACUAUGAAGAGUUAGAACACUGGCAACCGUUCGCAUAUACAGAUGUGCAGUCAUAUCCGGGAUCACCUGCAUACAGUGUUUCAACAUUUACUGAGCUCUGUAAACUGUCGUUGAUUUUGAACGGUAUCCUGAACAAGGUUUACUCGGAGAGAAGCUCGAAUCGGUCUCCUCAGGAACUACUCACUACUUUAAAAGCUUUGGAUUCUGAGUUGAAUACCUGGUAUCAGAACCUGCCGGAUUAUUUACGCUUUGGAAAUUCCCCAACAGAGAUCACACCACCACCUCAUGUCCUUUCUCUUUUGGCACUCUACAACGUCCUCCUCAUUCUUCUCCACCGACCCUUUGUGGCCGAAGGUCACCUUCACAUAACAGAUCCAUCAGUCGCUAUCAGCUCCUUCACAAUAUGCACUGCAGCUGCAGCUCGCAUUAUCAUUAUCCUGCAAGCCUACGACCAGGCAUUUUCCAUCAGACGCGCCCCCUAUCUGAUUUCGUACGCGACAUAUGUUGCCGCAACGAUUCAUGUUCGAGUCGCCGCCCAACGAGGAGGUGGCAGUAGAGCGCAUUCAAAUCUCUGGACGUGUCUUGAUAUCUUCCAAAAGAAUCAAGAGACAAACUGGGCUGUCCGCCGUGCCAAAAAUGUGAUUCUGCAUCUGAUGGAACGGAUGGAAGUUGAUAUCGGUAGUCAACACCGUCAACGUGAUGCCCGACCUGGUCAUGAUUCAAACGAGCAGAUAGAAGAUUUACAAAACCAGCCUCAUCUUGACCCUGAAUCUCUGGAAUCAUCUGCUUUGCCUGCUCAAAUGACGCCACCGGAGACCGAAGCUUCUGAAUUGGAUAUGGAUAUGAUUAUUCAAAGCUUCAUUCGACAAAACGCAAAGCAAAAUGAUGGGCAGAUAUUCUGUGAGCAAGCCUAUGGCUCUGAUAUUUCUGCAAAUCAUCUAGGUACAGUCGGUGGUCUUGCCCCGACUGUCAUGCCGGGCUACAUCGGUUCAUAUAUUGAUGCACAGAUUGAUGAUGACAUGUUGUUUGGAUUUAAUGGAUCUAUACAAGAUAGUGUUCUGUAUAACUAG